UCUUUCCUCAGACAUAGCCUUAAAAAGACAAGAAGAAAAGUGGACAUUUCUGUUCCCUUCCUGGAAAGAUGCAAAGUGCUUUAAUAGGCUCCUGGCACAACAGUGGUUUCUACGGGCAUUACAGAGGCCAAUUCAAGAAUGAAAGUGCUAGAGAAUACCGCCUUGCAGCCAAGCCCCAGCCUCCAGCAGCAUUCCUGCAGCGAUGUCAGGAGCCGGUACAGCAGCAUUUCUUCUCCAAGCAUGACAACCGCACAUCCUUCGACAAAGGUCCUUACUGCCUGCUGCAGGGUAUCGGAAGACGGAAAGACCUGCAGCGUCUAUGGCAGCGGCACACCUUCCUGCGCUGGGCUCCCUGUGAGCUGGAGCUGAGCAGGCAGCGGCCCCUGGAAUCCUCCUACCAGUCUGAUUUCCGGACAACCCCUGAACCCUGCAAGCAACCCCAGCGCCUCGUCCACUUUGUGCAGGUCCGUCCCCCACACAUCAGUACCACCUACCAACAGAACUUCUGCCAGCCAUCCCAGGGUGGCCACUGUGGUAGCCCCAAAGUAGUGACCCAGGCUUCGGUGACAGACACUCUACCUGACCUCCCAGGGGUGCCAAGACGCAGGCUGCUGCAGCACUACAUCCACGCGGGGGUCUCAGAAUGUUUGGACUGGUCCCGCACAUUAAAGGACUACUAA